UACACAAGGAUCCCAGGUGAUAUGGAAACCAGAAAUCUCACACAUGUCUCAGAAUUCCAUCUCAUUGGCUUCUCAGAGGAUCCAGAGAUGCAGCCCCUCCUCAUGGGACUGUUCCUCUCCAUGUACCUGGUCACAGUGCUCGGGAACCUGUUCAUUAUCCUGGCUGUCUCCUCAGACUCCCACCUGCACACUCCCAUGUACUUCUUCCUCUGCAGCCUGUCCUUGGCUGACGUGGGGUUCAUCUCCACCACGGUUCCCAAGAUGAUUGUGGACAUCCUCACCAACAACAUGGUCAUCUCCUAUGAUGGCUGCCUCACACAGAUGUCUGUGUUUCUCCUCUUUGUAUGCAUGGAUGAUUUCCUUCUGACAGUGAUGGCCUAUGACCGGUUUGUUGCCAUUUGUCACCCCCUGCAUUACCAGGUCAUCAUGAACCCUCGCUGCUGUGGCUUCCUACUUUUGCUUUCCUUUAUGGCCAGCCUUUCUAAUUCCCUGAUGCACAGUUUGGUGGUCUUACAAAUUAUGUGCUUCAAGGAUUUGGAGAUUGCUAAUUUCUUCUGUGAUCCUUCUCAGCUUAUCAACCUUACUUGCUCUGACACCCUCAGCAGUGGCAUAGUCAUAUAUCUUGCUCCCAUCAUAUAUGGCUUCCUCCCUUUGUCAGGGAUCCUCUUCUCCUACUAUAAAAUUGCCUCUUCCAUUCUGAGGGUCCCAUCUCCAGGUGGCAGGUACAAAGCCUUCUCCACCUGUGGCUCUCACCUGACAGUGGUUUGCUUAUUUUAUGGAACAGGCAUUGGGGUGUAUUUCAGUUCAGCUUUCUCUGGUUCUGCGGAGGAAAAUGCUUUGGCCUCAGUGGUGUACACUGUGGUCACCCCCAUGCUCAACCCCUUUAUCUACAGCUUGAGGAACAGGGACAUCAGGAAGGCCAUGAGGAGGCUUCUUAGGAAUGCAUUUUUGCAUUCCUGCAUACCUGUGUCAUGCAUUUGUACUGCAUUUAGAGAAAGACAACAAACCUAA